CUGAACAAAUGAAAUCACAACACAGCUAAGUGAAUCAGGAUGCCGCUUAAAUUUGAGGAUAUUCACGAUAAAAUUGAAAGCGGUGUAUAUAAACUGGCUGUCAAUGACAAAAGCACGCGUAGCACGGUAUGGCGGGUGUACCGCAAAAUAGAGAAGGACGAUGGCAGCUUCCUGGAACACGUAUUAUUUUGUAUUGGCUGCAAGAGUAUUAUGUCUUUCACCCACAAGUCCACGACGAACUUAAGACGGCACAGGUGCCAUCUACAGUAUCUUAAGAAAGAGGCUUUUAAUGGAUACAGCUACAAUUCGUCAAGUGAAUCUGAAUUCAAAAAGAAGAAGGAUGAGCCCAUGGAGGAGCAGGAGGACCAGCAAUCCCUGUCAGACGAGAUAGAGACGAAACCAACUGCCGCCGAUGUAGCCGCCUUUGUUGCCGGAGUCGCUAGCGGCGAGGAUACUCCCAUAGUUACAACACAGGCCCAUCUUCCGGAGAUCGCCCUACCCCUCGAUCUCAGCGGCGCAGAGGAGUCCAAUAUAUACGCCCAGACUUGGUCCCUCGAAUAUCGAAAACUCAGUGAGGACCAGAAAUUCUACGCCAAAAAAGCAAUAGACGAAAUCCUUGUCUUGGGUAGGCUGAGACGUCUGACAUUAAACACGGUCCCAACAGCCCAAAAGAAUAGUUAAGAAAGAGUAAUUAGUAUUUAAUUUAAGCUAAUCUUAUUUACUUUGUACAUACUGUAUUAAUUAUUGCAUCCUUAGGUCUCGGAUAUUACGCAAUAAACAAUACAAUUUAAA